CCGAGGUAAGCUUGAAUUUCAUUGUCCUUCUGUUAUGCAAUGCCAUCCUUCUGUUAUGUAAUGCCAUAGUUUAAAUACAUUAUUGCAUAGCUCUGGAUUAGGCUUGACAUAGUUAUUGAAGUAUUUAACCGCUUUGCAACAUUAUAAGACAGAAUUAUCAGACCUUCUGAAACGCUUACUCAUUGUUCUUCACCAUGUUCUCUAGAGACGCAAAAGGUGAGAUGGAGCUCAACAGCCCCUAUGAAUAUUACUCAUAUGAUUACAAUAACUCAUAUGAUGAAGAGGGUAAUUUAAGCACAAUGUGUGAGGUUUAUGAUGACAGAAAACCCACAGCCGUGUGCUAUGCCACUAUCUUCUGUAUCAGUAUCAUUGGCAAUGGUCUCCUUUUGUUUUCUCUCACCUGCUAUGAAAAUCUGAAGAGGCCCACCAACCUCUUCAUAUUGUGUUUAGCACUUUUUGAUCUACUGUUCACGCUUACGUUGCCGUUUUGGUGCGUGGAACUUCUUCACCAUUGGGUCUUCGGCGACGUCGCCUGUAAAAUCAUGACCGGGGCCUACUUUGUGGGCAUCUACGGAAGCAUCAUGCUUCUGACGGCCAUGAGCCUUGAUCGCUUUGCUGUCGUGGUGGUGAGAGGCGAUUGGUUUACAGAGGAUCGGAGGCUGUGGUGUUCGAGAGCCGCCUGUGCCGGCGCUUGGAUCAUCGGUUUGAUUGUUUCCCUGAGGAAUUUAAUGGCCUCCAAAGCACAAACAUUUUUCAACGGCUCCUUUUGUGAACGCACCUUCACAGAGGAUGAAAUUGUGGGAUAUUACACGCAGCUGGUCCUAUUUUUCCUUGUACCAUUUGUACUCAUUGUUUUGUGCUACACCAAAAUCCUGCUGACGCUGAUGUCUACAGCAAACAGACAGAAACACAAGACUGUGAUUCUGCUGCUGUGUAUUGUCAUUGCAUUUUUUGUAGUCUGGGGACCGUAUCAUAUACUCAUAGUGAUGAUGCAUUACUAUGACCCCUGCAAGUAUUACCGGCUGUAUAUUGCAUUUGUCAUUUGCAGAAUUCUGGCGUUUUCUCACUGCUGCAUGAACCCGGCAUUGUAUUUUCUCAGAGCGAAGUUCAGGCCUGUUGUCUCAAGACUUUUGUGCUGUUCUCCUGAACUCGAGAGGAACAGAGGACCCACGGAUCUUAGUGACAUCAGGAAUCAAGAAAACACGAACGAGAGAGAUCUUGAGAACUGUGUGCUCAACUCGCUGUAAAAAUGAAGCUUUAAGAAAUAUUUUUAAAUUUGAUCAAUUUUUAAAAUGUUCUUUUGUUUUAGU